CGCUUCUCAGUAGCCAACGAGAAUCGACCCGUUUCGGUACGGAAUCUACACGCCAACUCGUGUUUACCCGUGGUGUUGCGCCCAUUAAACCGUACGGUGGUACGCACCUUUUCCGGAGUGCGUUUUGCUUCCGCACAAGCGAUCAAUUCCUGGUGGUGCGUCAUUCGAACGGUGGUGUCGUGGUUAAUCUUUGCCCUUGUUUUUACACUCCUACGCGAUCGAAUCUUAACGGGUGUUUUGGAUGGCGAAGCAUUAAAGCGUUUAGAAGCCGACGAGUGAUCGCAACGGUAUUCGAGAAGGAGAAAGCAAGAAAAUGGAUAGUUUCCCAGAGCCAAUCUACACUUUAGUGUCCUCACAACAAAUUCCAGCCUAGGAGAAACGUUUAUAAAGACUGUCAAUUUUCCCUGUUCCCGUAUAAUAUCCGCGACUCCCCAGAGGAGCACGAAAACAGCAAAAAGUUGCUAGAUCAAAGGUUUCGAGUAGUAGUGAAUAGCAAGAGCGAGAAAAAAAAAACAUCAACACACUGGUCGUAAACGACGGUGGUGGUGGUCAGAAUUAAAAUGGACCACUUUUGAUUGUUUAGCCCACCUUCGUAACGCCGCAGGAAGUAAAGUCGGAAUUUACGUUCCGCUGUCCCAUCGGAAAAAAGCCUCCGGAAACCCAAUCUGCGUGUGUGUAAGGAAAGUAGCGGAAACCCAAUCUACGUGUGUGAGUGCGUGUAUGUGUGCAUGUGUAUAGUGCGCCUGUGCUAAGAGACCACUCAGUGUGCGGAUAACAGUACGCACACAGUUCGGGCUCAUUCUGAACGAGGAGCAUCUUCAACAUCUGGCCCCGCCAGCUCAUGGGAAAAUAAACGCAAAAGGUCACCCAAAACAAGCUAAACAAUUGGAGCAAAAAACAAGUGAAAACACCCAAAGAAAGCUACGAACCGGAUCCCAACACCGCUGACGUCAUCAACCACGGCAUGUAGCAGAGUUUGAAAUGUGAAAAGCGCCACAUGCAUCAUUGUGAAACGAGAUAAAAAUCUCAAAAAAAAAAAAGAGGAAGCAAAUAACUAGAGCCACUCACCGACAGCAUCACGAUUAAGAAGACUGCCGAAGAAACCAAUUUUCCAACCGCUUUUCCACAAUGGAUCCACCGAACUGGAUACGAACGACUACUUCAGGUCGUCCGAGAGCACUGACACGCUGCGGCUAGUCGGCCGACGGUAGCGACGACUUCCUGUGCAGUGUACUCCCGCGUCUUUCCUUCUAGCUAUCGCUCUCUCUCUCUCACACACACUCUCUCUCUCAUUCGGUCCCGCAUUUCUCCAACGGUUGCCUCCUGCAGUUCGUACCCAGAAGGUGCAGAUACAGACAAACGUUGUUAAGACGAAAAGCGAAGGCUCUUGAUAGCAGAAUAGCACGAAAUCCUUCACGGUUGAUAUUGUGGAAAGACCGAAGACGGUGCCCGUGCAAAGCAGAGCGAGCCACAUCCUCGUAGGCCUACCGACACGCAGAGAUCGCCCACUUCCGACGGUCACCCAACCGGACCAAUGUUUAGCAGCAACAGCAACAACAGUAGCAGCAGCAGCAGCAGCAGCAGUAGCAGCAGUAGCAGACGGAUCACCAGCCUGGAUCGACGACGACUGACGCAGCUGACAAAAUGGUGCACGCUUUUCAUCAUUUUAGAGUCUACGAGCGUUGGAAGCAGUUUAAUAACUUCCACCAGUAGCACCAGCACCAGUACCACCAGCACAGCGACCACUACCAGCAGCACUACCACCACCACCAACACCAUCCCCAGUAGCAGCAGUUGGCUGGAAAGUACGAGUCCCGCCAGCACCGCUGGUGGACCCUACUCCACACCCACAGCCACAGUUCCUUCCAUCGAAACGCUGCCCCGUUUCGAAGCACUCGUGCAGGAAAGUCCAAACAGCUCCCGGGGCAAAACGCUCCCGCUGCUGGGUUCGGGUGCACUCCGGGAGACCUUGCCCCAGUCGGGUGCGAUCGACGGUGGUCGAGGGCUAGGGACCGGCAAGCGUGGUCCGGCUAGCAGUAGUAGUAACGCUAUUAGCAGUAAAGGUAGUAUCACUAGUACCAGCGUCUACGAUUCGCUCCCGACAUCCCGGUGGGCGUCUGGUACCGAUGGCAUCAACGCACACACAACCAUCACACCGGCACUGGUCCAGGUGGUCGUGGGUCCGAGCGGUAGUGGAGCGAGCAGUAGUUUUAGUAAAAUCACUAGCGCCAAUCUAAUACUUGCCGAAGGUGGCCAUGCCAUGGAGUCCGGCGGUAAGGUGGGUCCGGGUCAGAAGGUACCGGUGGGAUUCUCGGGCAGCAGCAGUAAGGUGAGCUCUGGCAAAUCUUCCAACGCGAAGGGUGCAUCGAGCGAGGUGGAACCGAGCGGUCAUCGGCUGGAGGGUGGCGAUGUGACGACCACAUCCGAGGGUAAUUUCAGCAAGAUGUACUUCGAAACCGAUAACCACACGACCAUCGCGUCCCAGGUCGGAUCGAUAGCGGUGCUGCCGUGUGCGGUGCGUAACAUCGGCGAAGGUGUGGUGUCAUGGAUCAGGCGGAAAGAUUAUCACCUGCUCACGAUCGGUGUCACCACGUACAGUAGCGACGAACGGUUUAACAUCAUCCAUUCGGAGGAUACAGAGGAAUGGCCACUGCAGAUCAAGUACGUGCAGUUGCGAGACGCCGGCCUCUACGAAUGUCAGGUUUCGACACAUCCACCGACGUCAAUCUUCGUCAAGCUCGACGUGGUCGAGGCGAAAGCGGAAAUAUUUGGACCGUCGGAAAAGUAUCUCAAGCCGGGCUCGAUGCUGCGGUUAACGUGUCGCGUCGUGCAGAGCAAUGAGCCACCGUUGUACAUAUUCUGGUACCACAACAAUCGCAUGAUCAACUACGAUGCACACCGGGGCGUGAACGUGUCCACGGAGGCGGACAACCGGUACUCGGAGCUUGUCAUUUCACACACGAAUACACUCAACUCGGGAAACUAUUCGUGUGUUUCGAACAAUGCUGUAGCUGCAUCGACGCUGGUGCACAUUCUGAACGGCGAAAACCCGGCAGCCAUGCAACACGGUGAUCAUGGAAAUGCGGUCCUGGUGGCAUCACAUAUUCAUCUGCCGCUGGCAAUUGUAACAUAUCAGGUCAUCAAUUUCGUCUUAAAUAUGCAUUGAGUUCACUGCACAACGAGAACACACGGAUGCGAACUAACAGUGGCGUACAAGUGGUAGUGAGACAGGGAAAAUAAAACUGAAACACGCACACACAAACACACAUAAAAUUACAUUAAAAGCAUGUGCAUUUCGGAGUGUGAAAUGUACGGUGUGCAGCGGAUGUAACGGUACCAGGACACAAGACAGAAAAAACAGCUGCUCCCUGCAGCUUCCAGUUCGAAUGAACUUUAAAAACAAACUAGUGUAAUGUCGAGCCCAGUUUAGUUUCCGAAUUCAAGCUCCACUUCUCUACGCAAAGCGGGAAUGUUCUUUCCCCCAGUGAGUGAGUGAGUGAUGUAUGUGUAAAGAAUCUGAUCGUAAUUACCCGAGCUGAUGUAGUUCGGGUGAGUAACCAUCCGCAUAACGAGCCACAAAAACGUUGUGUGAGAGCAUGGAGAAAAGGAAGGAAAAAUCCCCGAAGCACAAGUAACACACUGUAAAUAUAGGUAAAUGAAAUGGCAUAAAUCAAAUUUAACGUAGCGUUUGAUGUAACUUUGUAUGGUAUUUGUAAAAGAUAGUAAAUAAAGCAUCGGUGGCAAACUCGAGGUGAACGAACCGAUAAAGCUAUCGAGCGAAAACCACAUUCUGCUCUAGUUGCAGAAAAACAGGAAGGAACAGCUGUUCAAGACAGUAGCCAGCUCUAAUUUUCAAACUAUUUUGUUAAAAAAAAAAAACACAAUUUAUGUGAAUCGGUGAACCCAUUUUCUCGAGUGAAUCACUGAGGACUUCACUUUAAAUUCUUCGUGCAACAGAAACAUCACAAAGCUGGGUUUAAUUUCUUAUAUCAAAACACUUCAAACUUAAGUUAUUCUUUCAACAGCAGAAAUAAAAAUGAAAAACUACCCCCCGGCAUGGAAAACGAUAGACGUAAAGCAAAUAAUUUUCAAACUUCCAACUUAACUUCAACGGCGAAGCUUAAAAGGGACGCUGAAUGCGAUGUAAAAUUAAAACCGAGCGAAAAUGCACACACACACAAAAAAACCCAACCGUAAAACCCAUUUGCCCAUCUUUGAUGGACAUUGUUUGUGAAGAAUAAACGUUGAAAACAUGAUAAACAAAGGAAGACAAAAAAAACCCACUCUGUUAGCUAAGUGUAGAUCGGUGAACCGGUGAAGCGGUGAAGGAUUGUAUUACUAAAAACAAAAGAGCCACAAGCAAAAAUCACUACAUUAAAACCAGAGAAAAAAAAAACAAACCAAAAACCUACUGAAAGCAUUCCUUCUAACGCAAACGGAACGGAUUAAAACCCUUCUUCAUAGCGAGGCAAAGGUUUUAAAUCCUGCCGAUCACUCUGUCAGAAGACAAUUGUAAAUAAAAGAAAUAAACAACUAAACAAGUGGAAAAUGAUACGUCGAAAGGAAACGGAAGAACGAAACGAAGCAUGUCCAAAUACAAAUAGCGGUGAGGGGGAAAAUUGAGGGUAAAACACACUGUGUACACAGAAUAAACGAAAGACGUACUUCUCGUAAAGUCAACCAACAAAUGAGUAGGAAAUAAAGAAGAAAUUUAAAGCAAAGUAAAAAAAACGACACGACAACAACAUCAGCAACAACAACAACAACAGAGUACAGAAUGCGAUAGAGAAGGGACAUAACCACCUUUCGCCUGAAUGUAUGCAACAGUGUGCAGGCGAACGAUGAUUUUUUUUUGUGGCGGAUGUACAUCAACCAUCCGCGUACCACUGUGAGAUAAAAAGCGGUUUAAUAAAAGUAAAUAUAUUUGGAUUAUAAA